AUGCCACAUCCAGUUAAUCUGGAGACUGCGCGAACGGUCGAAGGCAUCGUCCGCGAAGCUGGUGCCAUUCCCGCAACGAUUGGAAUAAUUGGCGGUCGAGUCAAGAUUGGUCUCAAAGCAAGGGAACUCGAGUAUUUGGCCGAUGCAAAGGCUGCCAUCAAGAUAUCCCGUCGUGACAUCGGUCCCGCAAUUGCCACGGGGAAAGAUGGAGGAACAACAUGCAGUGCUACACUUAUAUUCGCCGCUUUAGCAGGCAUCAAGGUCUUCGCUACUGGAGGGCUAGGAGGGGUCCACCGCGGUGGGGAGACCUCAAUGGAUAUCUCCGCGGAUCUGCAAGAACUUACUCGCUGCCCCGUUGGACUUGUCUCCGCUGGAGUCAAGUCAAUACUUGAUAUUGGACGAACUUUGGAGUACUUGGAAACACUAGGAGUUCCCGUGCUUUCGUAUGCCAAGACAGACGACUUCCCGGCAUUCUACAGCAGACGUAGCGGGUUUAAGAGCCCAUGGAAGGUGGACGACCCGGCCACUGCAGCCCGAAUCCUAUAUACGCAACGGCAACUCGGUAUGGCCAAUGGGGUUGUCUAUGGCGUCCCGAUACCGGAAGAAUAUGAGGCGAUCGGACAACAGCUUCAAAGUGCUGUCGAGCAGGCCUUGAAGGAGGCUGAACAAACUGGUGUGAACAAACGCGGAAAGGAAGUAACUCCAUGGCUUCUGAAACGCGUCGGAGAAUUGACUAAAGGAAAAUCUUUGGCCAAUAACAUAGCUCUCAUCAAGAAUACAGCACUCAUAGGUAGUCAAAUUGCUAUAGCAUAUGCAGACAUGACACGCAAAGACCGAGAAGAUAGCCGUCAUCUUGUCUCGCCUGCAUGGACAAAGAACGCAGCUUCUGUCAGGGGGGAGGUUGCCCAGCCCGUGGAAGACGUACCUCUGGCUCGGGCCAAGCUGAUCGUCGUUGGCUCUACCGCCGUCGAUGUAACUGCAAAAGCUAACCCUACCAGUGAUGGUUCGACCGCUUUGCACACGACUACCCCAGGGACGGUGGCGGUCACUCUAGGUGGAGUGGGGCGCAACGUCGCAGAAGCGGCUCACCGUAUAUUGGCAUCGCAGUCUGAGGAAUUAUCGUCAGCUACCGCCCUCAUUUCUCCCAUCGGCAAUGAUUCGUUUGGCCGUUUACUUGUCGAUGAGUUUCAUAAAUCGGGAAUGCGGACGGAUGGACUUCUGCAGGUAGACGACGCGCGGUCAGCUGUGUGCAAUAUGGUGGUAGACACCGAUGGGUCCCUUGUUGGUGGAGUAGCUGACAUGGACAUCAUCAACUCUCUAGAUACACAGAAGGUGAUACAGACACUUGAAGAGCAUCGCCCGUCUCUGGUUGCGGUGGAUGGUAACCUGACUUCCGAAGCUCUCAAGUCCUUGAUUGAUUAUUGCCAUCAACAGCAAAUGCCAGUGUUCUUUGAACCCACGUCCGUCCCAAAAUCUACUGCUGUUUUCCCUGCCAUUGCUGGUCUUUUGGAUCGUACAAACCGGCCUCCAAUAACGUUCGCCGCACCGAAUCUGCAUGAACUGAAGCACAUGUACCAGGAGGCGAGUAGUGGGACGUGGGAACUGACCGCUCAUAAGCAAUGGUGGACCGCCAUUGACGACAUGGCACUAGGGUCAGAGUUCCCAAGGGUACCCUAUCAUUCCUCGUCGCCAAUGGGAUCGCGCAAAUGGCCAUUCAGCUUCUCCCGUUCAUUCACCAUCUAG